AUGGAGCACCAAUGGCUUAUACGUAUACAGUAUACUCGAAAAGGAACUCAGGACAUCAUAGAUGACAAACAAUCACAGCCAGACUCUGUCAGACAACGUCCAAGAUCUUUGGCACUCUUGGAAUCCGCUUCAGCACAAAACUAUAAACAAAACAGUGCUAAAAGCUCUCAUUGCAAUCACAUUGAUGUCUGUGGAAGAAAAGAAAUAACAGGCUCUUCAGAUAUCAAGCACAAAGCUUUAGGAAUUAGGGUUCGAUCAUUCGCUUACUUCCAUGUCAAUUACAUUGCCCUCUUUGCCCUCUCGCUCGUCUCCCAUCCCUUCUCCCUCCUCAUCCUUCUGGGCCUCCUCGCCGCCUGGUGCUUCCUUUACUUGUUCUGCCCUGCAAAUCAGCCCCUCGUUCUAUUCGGCCGCACCUUCUCGAACCAUGAGACCCUCGGUUCCCUCGUCCUCCUCUCCAUCUUCGUCAUCUUCCUCACCUCUAUCAGAUCCCUCCUCAUCUCCGCUCUCAUGGUCGGCAUCACCAUCGUUUGCGCCCACGGCACCUUCCGUGUGCCUGAGGACCUCUUCCAGAUCCUGAUGGGACAGAGGAAAGGGAGGUGGCUAAGGGCUGCGACAGGAUGA